AUGGCUGUACAAUAUAAGACAAAAGCACUAAGUGAUGAGUGCAGAUGGAUAUGUAUUUAUCCGUUGUAUAUGAAUUCUCGAAAAACCGUUGCACAGGGACGACGAGUGAGCAAAAAUAAGGCAGUGGAUUCGCCAACAGCACAAGAAAUCUUUGAUAUCUUGUCGAAUGCUGGAUUGAAAGUCAAACUUGAGAAGCAAAAGAUGCAUCCUUUGGAUCCGAAUCGUGAUGCUAAUUCUCAAGGAAGAGUACGAGUGCAGCUACAUAAUGAUGAUGGCUCUCUAUGUGACCAAAAAUUUCCAACGAGGAUGUCACUGAUGUUAUAUGCAUGUGAAAUGGUACCAAAACUGAAAACACGUCAAUUUGGUGGUGGAGCAACAUCACAGCCUUCUUCGGGUGGCGGUAUAGGCGGUGGUAAGACCAAUAAAAAGAAAAAGCGAUAG